UACUACUUGAUCUCCGCUCUUUGCUUGCACUCUUGGCUUGCAGCGGCUACGACUACAACAACCACAUAUAGUUCUAUACCAGAACUCAUUUUUUCCAGCGGUCAUACGCACGCGUGAUUUUCCCUUUUUUGACCUCGAAAACACAACCACCGCACAUAUCACCAUGCCCAUCUCGUCACAUUACCGCGUCGUUGAGCCUCACCCCUCGGUGCCACACAACAGCCGUCCGGCUCUGCACACAUCACGAGGAGGCGCUGGCAAUGUCAUCAGCUUGAAGAACACGCGCACCACCGACUCACGCACCGCCAUGGGUCCGCCCUCGUUGACUCGUCUCGACUCGCGCACCCACGGCGCCUUCACAUCCGGUCGUGGCGGUGCCGGCAACGUCCACCACAGCUCGGAGCGCGCCAUCUUCAGCUUCGACGAGGAGCUCGAGCGCGACUUGCGCCGCGAGAAGGAAAUGGCACCCGUCUUCCACGUCGGCCGUGGCGGUGCCGGCAACAUGAUCUCUUCAGAAAACGACAGCUACAGCCUCACGCGCAAGCAGUCGUCCAGCACCACGUCCAGCACCGAGUCGGCCGCCGACUGGGCCAGGGAAAAGGCCCGUAAGGGCUGGGGCAAGAUCAAGGGCAUGGCCUAGACGGUCUGAUAUCACCCUUGCCACCAUACCAACCAACCAACCAACAAACAAAACAAAAAAAAGACAAAAAAGCCUACAUACACAUAUUGAGUGAGCCGCAGGCCACUGGCGUUUUGCUCUUCGGCUGUC